ACAGGGAGAGGGCAGGAUCCUGCAGCUCUCACUCAGCAUAUUUCACCAGGAAGCCCCACGAGUCCAGGAGAGGAGCUGCCACUUAGGACGCUGUCUCCUUUGCAAAGGAUCUAUUAGUACAACAUACAUUAUACCAACACAUACAAAUAUUUUCCCCUUCCAGGGAAGAAGCAGAGAAAGAGAAAAGAGACUUUGAUCUCCAGAGUGCUACAGUGAUUUUUUUAUGUAAUCAAUACCAUAAAAUAUCCCCAGGUCUUUCUGCUGGAUUGUAACUCAGCCGAUCAGUUUAUGGCAUGUAUACUUCACCUGUGGCGAAGGCAGGCACCGGGCAGCAGCCCGUGGCGUGGUGAUAAUCCUGGUCUGAUGCCAUUUCGGAUGUCCCAGUGAGAACUCUUAGAGAUGCCUAUUCUCUCCGGAGGCAGUGACCAAGACUAUAGUAACAUUAGUUAUGCUUCUUGUAAUUCCUUGAGCCAUUUCUUUCCCGUCUCCGUUGAAACUCCUUCUGUCAAAGGGGUUCAUUACCAACGAGCCAGGAGGAUUUACCACCCCGAUCAAGUCUCUGCAGUCGAUCUAAAGACAGAGAUCAUGAUAAAUGUUGGAGGCAUCAAGUACCUGCUACCUUGGAGUACUUUAGAUGAAUUUCCCCUGACCAGACUGAGCAAACUUAAGCUUUGCAGCAGCUAUGAAGAAAUUAUUCAGCUGUGUGACGAUUACGAUGAAGACACGCAUGAAUUCUUCUUUGACAGGAACCCCAAUGCUUUUGGGAUGAUUGUCAGCUUUCUAGCAGCAGGGAAGCUGAUGCUCUUAAGAGACACGUGUGCCUUGUCUUUUCAGGAGGAGCUGAGAUACUGGGGGAUUGAGGAAACCAACCUGGAGAACUGCUGCUUUCGAAAACUAUUUCAAAAACUGCAGGAGUUGGCUGAGGUACGGAAAGAAGAGGAGCUCCGGAGGAGCAAAGAAGCUGCGUGUGUCUUGGAUGAGAAAACAAAAUUCGGACAGUUUAUGAACAGACUCAGAGAUAUGGUAGAAAAUCCCCAGUCAGGACUCCCAGGCAAAGUCUUUGCUUGUCUCUCCAUCCUCUUUGUGGCCACCACAGCUAUAAGCCUUUGUGUUAGUACAAUGCCAGAUUUAAGAGCUGAAGAAGACAGGGGUGAGUGUUCCCAGAAGUGCUAUUACAUCUUCGUCAUAGAGACCAUCUGUGUGGCUUGGUUUUCCCUGGAGUUCUGCCUCCGAUUCAUUCAAGCAAGGAGCAAGUGUCAAUUCUUCAAAGGGCCCCUGAAUAUAAUUGACUUCUUGGCUAUUUCACCCUAUUAUGUCUCCCUCAUCUUGGCAGAGGAUGACUCAAACGAGGCGGACGACAGGCCAAGCAGCAACACAUAUUUGGAGAAGGUUGGUUUGGUGCUACGGGUUUUACGUGCCUUGAGGAUCUUGUAUGUAAUGCGCCUUGCCCGGCACUCCUUGGGCUUGCAGACUUUGGGCCUCACAGUUCGGAAAUGCACACGAGAAUUUGGCCUGCUUUUACUCUUCUUAUGCGUGGCUGUCACUCUAUUCUCUCCUUUGGUCUAUCUUGCCGAGAACGAAUCGGGCAAGGUGCUUGAAUUCACAAGCAUACCUGCCUCUUACUGGUGGGCCAUCAUUUCAAUGACCACUGUGGGGUAUGGAGAUAUGGUACCGCGGAGUGUCCCAGGCCAGAUGGUAGCUCUGAGCAGCAUCCUCAGUGGGAUUCUCAUCAUGUCUUUUCCUGCAACAUCAAUAUUCCACACUUUUUCCCAUUCCUACUCAGAGCUGAGGAAGGAACAUGAACGAUUGCAGUCUCGGGUAAACAGAGUAAAAAAUGCCAAUCAUUCUGGCGAAAGUGACACCUUCAAUGACACAGACAGCUUGAUCCUGGAGGAGCCAGCAUCACCGAUCAAAUACAUUUACACGGGGAACUAAGCCUUGUGCAGUUGAGAACAGGGCUGCAAGGACUUCUCUAUUGCUGCAAUGUUUGCUGUCAUUCUCCUGCUUCAUCAAGUGGUUCUCAACAGAGAUGCUUUGUAGAGAACUUGAACGCAAUGUUUUCCUCCAACAUUUGGAAGAGAUACGUGAAACACUAACAUCAAUAAAUAAUGCAAGAACUAUUGGUUCUAACUUUAAAGAUUGACAGAGAAUACCACUCCUAUUUCCUCUACCCCAAAUUCUCUAAAAAAAAAAAAAAUACAUUUCCUCCUGUCUGCCAGCACACUGACCUC